AUGGCUCCACUAGAGAGAUACCACAAAACUCUCCGGCUCAUUGAAUCCGCCCGGCUCUCACCCACUGAGCAUUCGAUUUGGAGAGCUUUUCUGGAUGAGGCCGUCGAUCCGGAAUAUGCAGCUUGCUAUAUCUGGGAAAAGAUCCACGAUAAUUCCCCUUGUUCUACAGAGCAAGCCCUGGAUCAGUUAAAAGCUGACUGGAAGCGCCUGGUUACAAAGCCCAGGCGAGAUCAAGUCUCUUCUCAAGCACGCAAACUCGUUGAAGCUCGAGAGAAUUCACACUGCUUUAUGCUGGAUCAAAAGCCAUCGGACCCCAACGUAUCCCUUCGGUUCGAUCAUGCCUGGGUGAUCCCACCUAGCAUUUUUGAUGACAGUGACAUGGAUCCGCAGUAUUUCGUGUCCAGAUUAUCGCCUGAGCCUUGCGGUUGGCUUUUUCUCAGCGAUGGCAGCCGCUGGGACUUGACAAUGCAAAUGUUCAUCAUGGAGAGCCAAGACGCCAAUCGUCCUCUUCCAGAUCCUUUCUUGAUACGAACGCACUACCGCUUUGCAGCUUCCUUGCAUUUGUUCCAUGUGGAAGAACGGAUCGCCGAGGGCUGGCCCUCGCCCCCAUUGUUCCAAUUCAAUGUAGCUACCCAGAAGAUACUACGCUCACUCUGGAUUCUUGUACCUCAUUUGAUACGCGCUAAGUGGUACGGCGUGCUCUUAAAACUAGGCAGACAUCUAUACCCGCGGUCUUUCACUGGCCUCGUGCACCAGUUGCCGUUCGGACUGUACGCAAAAGAAUGCACUCGCUCUGCUAAUGAAGGAGAGACACUAAAGCUUGUGGAACGGUAUACCUCGAUCCCCGCACCACUUCAGGUAGAUGAGUAUCAGGGCACGCACCGCUUUCUCAUCAUGACGGCUAUGCCUGGACAAACACUGGAUGUUGUUUUCCAUCGACUCUCAUACUCGGAGCGUAAGCAACUGUCGAAAGACCUGAAGAGUGUUUUAUCGCAACUACGGUCUAUUCCAAACGAGACCUUGUACCGCUUUGGCGACAGUCAUGGCGGCCCGCUAUUUGACUACCGUUUCCCUUCCGGGAUAUGUGGUCCAUUUCACCAAAUUUCGGAAUUCAAUGCCUUUCUUGUGCAUAAACACGUGCGCACCGAGACAAGGGACAAAAUUGCGGCCGUCCACACGCGUCCGUAUCGGUCUGUGUUCACCCAUGCCGACCUGCAUCCCAGAAACAUUCUUAUUGAUCGUGGGCGCCUGUCGGGGAUUGUGGACUGGGAAUGUGCCGGCUUUUAUCCUGAAUAUUGGGAGUUUACAAAGCUGUUUUAUGGCGCACAGCCGUCCCCGGAUGUGCAAUCUGUUAUUCAUGAUGCAUUUAUAGAAGAUACAUAUGAAGAAGAGCUAGAAACCGAGAGGCUAUUGUGGUACGACACCCCGUUUGGGAUAUGA